AUGGAAACCGCCGGAUGGGUCCCCGAGCCCAAGUGCGGCCGAGGCACGCUCAGCGUCGUCUGGGCCUGCCUGCCGACCAUCACGUUCGUGCUCUGGACGGCGAUCCACCUGGACGCGAGCCGGUCGAUGGGCCGGGGCAUGUGGGGCCUCUUCGUCUUCUUCGUCCCCGAGGCGAUGCCGGCGAUCGCGCUCGACCAGCUCAUCAAGGCCAGGCGGCUGCGGAAGCGGCUCCGGGCCCUCGUGGGCUGGGAGUCCUGGACCCUGAAACAGUCGUUCCUCGUCGUGAAGAGGGGCGUCAGGGGCCUGGGCGGCGGGGAGACCCUCACGCCGUGGAGGCUGGUGGAGCUCGCCGAGCAGCAGCAGUACAUGGUGGCACACGGAAGCAGCGGGAUCCGCAUGGGGAUGCUCCCCAGCGGGGACGCCAUCGACCGCAGGAGCAAGAAGAGCUGGUUCGAGAAGCUUCUCGCGGGCCUCCAGGCGCUGUGGUUCUGCGCCAACAUUGUGUCGCGGCUGGCGAGCGGGUACACGGUCACCCCCCUGGAGGACAUGACGAUUGCUUACACUUGUUGUGGGCUGAUCGCCAGCAUAGCGUGGUGGCACUGCCCGCAGGAUAUCGAGGAGCCGUUCGAGGUCGACUUGGACGCGGCGGGUGAUGCAAUGUUCGCCGCCGUUGAGUGUGGGUACUCCAUCAGCCAACAUAGCGACACGGACAGCAGCAGAAGCAGCAGCAGCAGCGGAUCGAGCUCCCCGGUCACAGGGUCAGACGGGCUCAUGAUGGGCAUUGUUUGCGUCCUGCUGGGCCUACUCGCGGCCAUUCACAUAGCGGAGUGGGAUUAUGCAUUCCCAUCCGCUGCUGAGGCUUGGAUCUGGCGAUGCUGCUCGAUCGCUACCCUGCCCAUCGGCCUGCUUAUAGUUUUCUACGGAGACAGGUGUCGAUCCACGCACUGGUCCAUGUCUUGGACGGGCCCCGGGUAUGUCGUGGUGCGGCUUGCGCUGUUGACGGUGGCGGCCACAUCAUUUCGACGGAUGCCUGUUUCGGUCUUUGACUCGCCUGACUGGUCUGAUUACUGGGCCCAUGUUGGGAAGUGA